CACACAAGCGGGAGUACCUAGUUUUAGUUCCUAGUCCCCUCUUUCUGUGUGUCACUACCCGAAAUAGUAUAUUUUUAUAGCACACUCUGUCUCUCAGAUCUGAUCUUCCUCCUCUGCCUUUAUUCCUUCUCAUUCUUUGUCACUCACGGCUUUCAUAAACUUUUGGAUUCUUUUCUGUCAUCACAUCCGCUUAGAUUUCGAUCUGAAUCCAGUCGUUUAAUUCUGCUUGUCAUAUCUGCAAGAUCUCGUCUGAAUCUGAACUAUGAUAUUCGUUACAAAAAUUUUAGGUUGACAGUUUUUGUGGGGAAUUCUUAUGGUAAAUUUGACAUUGAAUCUAUUGUGACACACGAUCUUUGCUGUCAUCAUAUACAGCAUAUACGGCAAAAAGUGUAAUUCGGAUUUGUAUUACACUUAAAAUAAAUGUCGAGGGGGAGAUCUGAUGGAUCGCAAAAGAAGCAUUUAGUUGCUUCAAUUUGUGCUGUGACAAUCUUUCUUGGCUUCCUAUAUGUGUAUUAUGGAUCCAAAAGUUCCGGAACAUCUGCUCUUGAAUAUGGAAGCAAAUCAUUGAAACGACUUGGGUCAUCAUAUUUAAGUGGAGAUGAUGAUGCCGUCACCAAGCAAGAUGAUUCUUCAUCAAGUUUUGGGCAGGGAGAUUCGGAGGUUGAUGUUGUGCCAAAGAGUUUCCCCGUUUGUGAUGAUCGUCAUUCAGAGUUGAUUCCCUGCCUAGACAGAAACCUUAUCUAUCAAAUGAGAUUGAAGUUGGACCUCUCUGUGAUGGAACACUAUGAGAGACAUUGUCCUCCUUCAGAAAGGCGGUUUAACUGCUUGAUUCCUCCCCCGUCAGGAUAUAAGGUCCCUAUUAAGUGGCCACAAAGCAGAGAUGAGGUGUGGAAAGCAAAUAUACCUCAUACUCAUCUUGCACAUGAGAAGUCUGACCAAAAUUGGAUGGUUGUAAAAGGUGAAAAGAUAGUAUUUCCUGGAGGAGGGACACACUUUCACUAUGGAGCUGAUAAGUACAUUGCAGCUAUUGCUAAUAUGCUCAACUUUUCAAACAACAUACUUAAUAAUGAUGGAAAUUUGCGGACAGUGCUUGAUGUUGGCUGUGGUGUUGCAAGCUUUGGAGGAUAUCUUCUGUCAUCCAAUAUCAUUGCAAUGUCCUUGGCGCCCAAUGAUGUGCAUCAAAAUCAAAUUCAAUUUGCCUUAGAAAGAGGAAUUCCCGCGUAUCUUGGUGUCUUGGGAACUAAGAGACUCCCUUACCCUAGCAGAUCUUUCGAACUGGCUCAUUGUUCUCGAUGUAGGAUUGAUUGGCUUCAAAGAGAUGGCAUACUACUUCUUGAACUUGACCGGUUGCUUAGGCCAGGAGGUUAUUUUGCAUACUCAUCUCCCGAAGCCUAUGCACAGGAUGAAGAGGAUCUAAGGAUAUGGAAAGAAAUGAGUGACCUUGUGGGACGCAUGUGUUGGAGAAUAGCUGCAAAAAGGAACCAAACUGUCAUCUGGCAGAAGCCUUUGUCAAAUGAUUGCUAUAUGGAAAGAGAACCUGGUACUCGCCCUCCACUCUGCCAGUCUGAUGAUGACCCAGAUGCAGUGUGGAAUGUGAAUAUGGAAGCUUGCAUUACACCUUACUCUGACCAUGAUCACAAAGUCCAGGGCAGUGGAUUGGCUCCAUGGCCUGAAAGACUGACUAGUCCUCCUCCUAGACUGGCCGACUUUGGCUAUACAAGUGAAAUGUUUCUAAAGGACACGGAACUAUGGCGAAGGAGAGUUGAGAAGUAUUGGAAUAUCCUGAGCCCAAAAAUCACAUCAAAUACAAUAAGGAAUGUGAUGGAUAUGAAGGCAAACAUGGGGUCAUUUGCAGCUGCUCUAAAAAGCAAGGACGUCUGGGUGAUGAAUGUUGUGCCUCCAAAUGGACCGAACACACUAAAAGUUAUAUAUGACAGAGGCCUGAUAGGCUCUAUCCAUGACUGGUACGGAAAUCAGUUUGCCUGAUUAUGUAUGUUUAUUUUUAUUUUCAU